AUGACCCCUCACAAUACUCGUGCCCGAAAACAGUCAUCCAGUUCAAAUACCUCAUCAGACGAGAUGCAAUCGCGUAUCGACCGCUUGGAGGGACUUGUCCUAAGUUUGAUGGGCUCGAAUGGAAGUUCCGAUUCAUCACCACGAAACCGCCAAAGAUCUGAUAGCACAGAAGAUGAGCUGAGGAGCAGGCAAUACAUUGAUGACGAAGAAGAGGAUAUGGGAAUCGAAAGCACGCAUGAAGGUAGCAAAAGCCAGGAUGGUGGUGGGAUCGAGGAAGAAGUCGAGGAAGUGCGGAGCGCUCUAGGGAUCAUGAAGGUUGAACAAGGGAAGAGCUAUUACAGGGGGGAAACUCAUUGGGCGGCGAUCUUAUCGGAGAUUUCGGAGGUCAAAAAUUUCUUCAAUGAGAUGAAACAAACAUAUGAAGGUAGAUUGGCCGAUCUCCAGGCCAAGAAUACGUGUUCGCGAUUGGAGCGCACCGGUUUCCCUUUUUCAGCUAGUAGGCCUCCAAGCAAAGAAGAAUUGCUGGCACUAGUGCCACGACAAGAUCUGGUCGAUCUUUUAGUGGAUACUUAUUUCAGAAAUUAUGAUCCUAUAUUUCAUGUGCUUCAUCGACCUACCUUUUACAAGCAAUAUGAGGACUUUUGGCGGGAUCCAUCACAGGUUGACAUGAUCUGGUUGGGACUUCUAAUGUCGAUAAUGUGUCUCUCUUUGCGAAUCUACAAUCGAUCCGGGGAAGAACCACAUGAGCUUGUUGGAAAAACCAUCGAAAUGUCGCACGCAUUUAAGGCAGCCACCGAACAGUGUCUGAUCGUGGGGGAUUAUUCAAAAAAGUUGUACAUCCAUACUAUUCAAACCCUAAUCCUGCUAGUGACCCAACAUAUAAACUCGAAGGAUCGAGCGGAGGAUAGUUGGCUAUUACUUGGUUCACUUGUCAGGCUUGCCUUGUGCAUGGGCCUCCACAGAGAUCCUAAGAAUUUCCCGCAGAUUUCUCCAGGCGAGGGCGAGAUAAGAAAAAGGCUAUGGACCAUAAUAUCCUGUAUGGAUAUUCUGGAGUCUAUCAAGAUUGGGUUGCCUUCUAUGAUUCGGAUGGAUGAAUGCGAUACUGGCCUACCACUGAAUCUACACGACGACGAGAUCAUCGAAACGUCCACUACUAUCCCUCAAGAGCGAGGUCGUGAGGAGCUGACGGGGGUUUCGUAUAUGAUCGCCAAAGCAUCCUUAUCAAGAGUAUACGCAAAAAUCGUCGCGCAAGCAAGCUCGCUGGUACCUCGACCGGCCUAUGACCAAAUUCUGAAGGCAGACGCAGAGCUCCGUGAGCUGUAUGGAAAAGCACCUACCUUCUUACAUCUGAAGACAAAGGAAGAGUCCAAAAAUGACCCUGCAUGGCUAGUUAUCCAACGUUAUAACCUGGACUUAAUUGUGCAGAAGGCAUUGGUUACACUACAUCGACCGUACGCCGCAAGAGCACAAAGUAACUCUAGGUAUCAGAACAGUCGACGGAAAUGCGUCGAUGCAGCCAUGACCCUUCUGAAGCAUCAGUCAGAAAUCUUUCUCGAAUCACAGAGCGCACUCCGACAUGCAAGAUGGUUUACUGAGAGUCUCGGUUGUCAUGACUUCCUACAUGCAGCAAUGAUUAUAUGUUUAGAUCUAAGCACAAGCUGUAAAGAACGCGAAGACGAUGCUACUAAAAAGGGCGUAGAAGUGGAUUGCGAAACCUGGAAACUCGAAAGGACAGAACAAUUUAGGGUACUCGAAAGUACCAAGAUGAUAUAUGAGAAAAAGGAAAGUAGUAUGGACUGUGUGAAGGCUUAUGGCGUGCUCUGUGUUAUGUUGGAUAAGCUUAGAGGCUCAAAUUCCGCUGGGUACCUUGAUUUACGUUCUAACGUCCCACCUGUGGGAUCCCCGUCGGCAAUUACACCUGGUACACAAAUUUCGGCCACAGAUUUGAAAUCAAAUUCUGCUCUGUCCCAAGGUACCCCAUGUACUGCCUCUGCAGGUACACCGGCGACACAAACAUUUACAGCCACCCCAUCAUCGACAAGUUCGGAAAGUGUUGAUUCGCCAAAUGACCCAUUAAAGAGCGAACAAGCAGCUGCGAUGACAUUAGGAAUGAUGAGUGGCGGUGGAAUGACGCCUGGUUCCGCAGCGGCCGGGAUGAUGCUCGAUAGGGCGGUAACUCCUGGGGGUACUAAUAUUCUUAUGGGGGAUGCUAGUAAUGGUGGCUAUGGAAGUCCCGGAUCAAAUGGAAACCAAAUGCCUUUUAACGGGAACUCUGCAUUAUGGACGCCGAAUGGCCCGGAUAUGACAGCUAAUCUAGACUGGGAUGAUUGGGAUUCUUUCAUGCAAGGUAUAAACAUGGAUACUAGCCAAUCUUCUGCAUGGCCAGUUCUACCAGGGCUCUCAACAAACAUGCCCAUGUCGACCUUUGGGGCACCUGGCUACGCAAGUCCUAGUAGUGGUGUAACAGGUACACAUGGUGAUGAUGGAGGCGGUGGGGGGGGAGGACAGUCGCAGCAAUCGUCGGCAUCUGACACGACAUCACCGAAUACGAUACCCAGUAUGGCCGGGCUAUAUCAACCACUUUGA